AUGUGGAAUAUUGGAAAGCGCAGCAUCAGGAUGAAAAUCAUGGCGAGAUGUCUGGUGGCUGCCAUCAUUUUAAGCACAUCCAUCUUCUGGAAAGGAAGUCUGCACUCUGGCCCCCUCUCGAGCACUCCACUUCGCGAUACUCGGGCUCAGCUUUCGCAUCAUCUUUAUCCUUUGCUCGAGGAACACAGGCCUCAAUGUUCUCCACCCGCAUUACACGGCAACGCAGGGUUGCAUAGAUUCAGUCCGAUCAUCAGUGCACCACAAAAGAACUAUCUCGUUGAUCCUGAAGGGUUUGUAGAGCCAAUGCAGGUAGCCCACGACGGCUUUGUGCAAGCCAUUCGAAACACUCGGAUCGAACGGGCCUAUAUAAGGGGAACCAAAGGCAUUGUUUCGUCCGCCGGGGGAAAGUAUCUUCCUACGUUCAUAAUAUUUCUGCGCUUGCUGCGACGAACCGGCGCGAGGCUGCCGGUAGAGCUUUUUGUCAAAGAUUGGAUCGAGUAUGAACCGUACAUAUGUGAGGUAGUUCUACCCUCGCUGAAUGCGAAAUGUAUCGUCCUUUCCGAAGUUUUCACAGGCCCCAAUGAGGGAAAACACGACCUCGAACAUUUUCAACUGAAGGCAUUCUCGAUUUUGUUCUCGUCAUUUCAGGAUGUUAUCUGGAUGGAUGCAGACUGCUUUUUUCUAUAUGACCCUACCGACCUAUUGACCUCCAAGCCAUUUACUUCCACGGGCCUUGUUACCUGGCCUGACUUCUGGUCUUAUACAGUAUCUCCCACGUACUACAACAUUUCUCGUCAAGCCAUAAUCGCUACGACAACCCGACAGUCCACUGAGGCCGGCAUGUUUUUGAUCUCAAAAAAGACGCAUUAUAUGACUAUUUUGCUCUCUGUCUACUAUAACUAUCAUGCAUCCUAUUAUUAUAGAAUGAUCUCCCAAGGAGCCCCGGGUGAAGGUGAUAAGGAUACCUUCAUUCUAGCUGCGAGUGCGCUUGGUGAGGACUUUUAUACUGUCAGUGAAAAGGUAGUGGAUUUGGGGCACCCUGCACCUGAUGGGGGCGUGUUAGGCGCUGCCAUGCUCCACGCGGAUCCCAUAGAGGACUACGAACUUACACGCCAGGGCCGGUGGCGAGUGAGAGAUGAGUCUGUUGCUAAAGCGCCUCGUGGCUACUGGGUGCAUGCACAUAGCCCGAAGUUCAAUGCUGGAGAGGACCUAUUUAGCAGAAAAACACAGAACGAGGACGGUCAACCUGGCCGAGCUUAUACUUCCAAAGAGGAUACGCUCAAACGGCUUGGAUUUGAUGCGGAACGAGUUAUUUGGGAAGAGACUAAGACCGUUACAUGCACCCUGGAGCAUGCGUUUGAUUCCUGGAAGACAAAGGUUGGGUUAUGCGAGUCGGUUACCAAGCAUUGGGAUGCUGUGUUUGAAAGUCCAUCAACGCAGCUUUAUACGUUUACGGAUGCUUGA